GCUCAGCUAGGGUCCGCGUGCACGCCGCAGCCUAGCAACGGCCGCGCGCCCUCCUGACUGGGCGGUAAAUAUCCGGUAAGUGCAGCCGCAGGCACGGACAAGGCGGAUUCUCGCGGCGCGUUUCUCACUCUGGAGAUGGCGUCAGUAAACGACUCGCGUCUGCUGCAGCAGCCUUCUCAAAAGGACGCAGCUGAUCAGAACUUUGAUUAUAUGUUUAAGCUCCUAAUUAUUGGCAACAGCAGCGUGGGCAAAACCAGCUUCCUUUUUCGAUAUGCUGAUGACUCUUUCACCUCAGCCUUCGUCAGCACCGUAGGCAUUGACUUCAAGGUUAAAACUGUCUUCCGCAACAACAAGCGGAUCAAGCUACAGAUCUGGGACACAGCAGGACAGGAGCGCUACCGAACCAUCACUACAGCAUAUUAUAGAGGAGCCAUGGGCUUCCUACUAAUGUAUGAUGUUACCAACCAGGACUCAUAUAAUGCUGUACAGGACUGGGCUACCCAGAUUAAGACAUACUCAUGGGACAAUGCACAAGUGAUUCUGGUGGGUAAUAAGUGUGACCUAGAGGAUGACCGGAUUAUUCCAACCGAAGACAGCCAGAGACUAGCUGAUGAACUAGGAUUCCAGUUUUUUGAGGCCAGCGCUAAAGACAACAUCAACGUGAAGCAGGUGUUUGAGCGGUUAGUGGAUGUAAUCUGUGAGAAAAUGAACGAAACUAUGGAAGGAGAUGGUGGUCCACUCGGCAACCUGAAAGACUCCAACCUGCAAGACUCUUCUAGUGAAGGACAUAGCAGCUGUGCCUGUUAAAAUACAAACCCCACAGCAUUUUACUUCCAUUCCACUCUACAAACUGCAGCCUUGUUUCUGUCCCCCUGCCACACACCCAUCUGUGGAGACUUCAGACUAGCUGUCUGACCAAGACUUACUCUUGUGGAUUAAGAUGUGUUCUGUAAACCUUUCCUGCAUUUUUUUCGGUAUUUGUAAAUCCAGUAUUCUAACUCAAAUGUAUCUGGCUUAACUUGGUUAAAGUAUAUAGUCUUUUCGUGCAUGAUGGCUCUAAGCUUUUCUGCCAACAGAAAAAGGAUGUUUGUGAUUUUGCCAUGCAUGACAUCAAGGUAGGUAGAAGCAUUUUCUUUGAACUCGAACUAAUGCGCACAGUAUCUUAAAUCACAUAAAAUCUUCUUCGCCUUGUUGCAGCUUUUUUUUUUUUUUUUUACUCCACUGCACUAAGAAUUGCACAGGCUGAUAGAGGUCUGUGCGUUAGCAGUUUACAGAGAUAAACAUCCGUCCAUCCACACCCAUCCAUUCCCUCUAGCCCUUGUUGGUUGCACUCUUCUCAUCUUAAAAAGGUUUAGGAGAGCUCUGUGACUUACAGUAGACCACAAUAGACAGGUUUGUUUUAAAUGCAAAGCGAUAGCCCCACUUUAACUGCCAAUCUGUGCCAGAUGUGGGUUGAAUACUGUCUGUUUUGUUUAAAAGGUUAGGAUUUUUAGGAACUACAAGUCAAUGCACCAAGCGUGAAACACAAAUUAAGGCAAGAGGAAGUAAAAUUUUGAUUCAUGUGAUCUUGGUAGUGUUCAUAUGAAAUCUAUAUAUAUAUUUUUUUUUUUUAACGUGAAUGAAGUGAGCGUUUGUUCUAGUGUGGCUCGAUGGGAAUAAUUAAGACACCUAAAUAAGGGGCCCCUUAGCUUUUGAAUAUUUUUGUUCAUUUAAAUAAGAAUAAAAUACCUUUUAAUUAUUAUUAUUUUUUGUAUCUCUUACUUUUUAAGUAUGAAAUUAAUGUACAGUUUGCUGAAGUUAACUUUACAGACUUGGUAUGCUUUAAAGUUUUAAGAUUUUAAGUGGUGUUUGUGUCUUUAAACUGUAUUUAGGGCUGUAGUGUAUGAGAGAGCCAGCUUUACAUACAAAGGCCUUGUUGAAAAAGAUGGUAAUGUGUGUUGUGUUUAUACAGUUUGUACAACAAUCUAUGUGUAUCUGCAUCCCUAUCAUUUGUUCACAGUUGUGAAGAGAAACUGUACUGUUGUGUGAGAAUUAUUUAGUAAUUGAGAAUGUGUGCCAACACUGACAGAAUAUACUGUAUAUACUGGCAACCUCUAUAGACUAUACUGGCUCGUACAAAGUUUACUGGUGAAAAUAAUGCUUUCCAGGUCAAAAUUACAUCCUUGUGAUGUGACCUGGUCAGUGUGAUAAGGGAAACUAGAAAAAACUCUCUGCAUCCCCCACCCCUAUCUUCUCCUUUUUCUUUUCUAUCAAUUGCCAAACAUACAGUUAACUGUUAUGAUCCGUUGGCACAGCUCAGCAGAGAUACUGUAGUCCUAAAAUUUUGUUUUAUUUGCUGAGGUUUUUUGGGGGGGGCAUUGAAAUGUCUUAUACCUACUGUACCAUUAAUAAAGCGUAAAUUGGCUCACA